UAAAAACCUCUGCUAUAGGGGGGUAGGAGAGAGAAGAGGAUCAAGAAAUGGAGGAGACAUCAGAGAAGAAGGUUACACAGGGAACAACACUCUUUGAUUGUCUUUGUAAUCCUUGCAGUUUUGUCCAUGAAGCUGUGAAGGCUAUGCUAAAGUGUUUGGGUUUUGAAUCUGAAACUGAGGCUGUGGACACUUCUAGUUCUUCAAGUUCAGAUCACCAAGAAGACAAGAAGGUCACCAAUGAACCAAGCUCCCAAGGCCAAGGGUCUUCUUCAACAACUGGACAAGCUAUAGAUCCAAUUUCAGCAGCAGAUCCAACAGUUGAUCCACCUGAAGCAAUGGCUUCUGGAAUGCCUACAAGGCCACCGAUUAAUACAGGAAGAGGUCCUCAGACUAACACCAGCACCUCUUAGCACUUCUUCGGUUUUCAGUCUCAUCUGUGUGGGUACUGCAGUAUCUACUGCAGUAUCUGUCACAUAUCUGAGUUGGGUUUGAUUGCUUUUUUUUUUUUGUUCUUUUCCUUUUCUGUUAAUUAAUGUAUGUGUAAGUAUUAGUAUUCUAUAACCACUGUACAUGUAGUGGGGUAAACAUUUGAUCUGAAUUUUCUUAAGCUUCAAUUAAACUUUAUUUUUGGGAAAUAUUUGUGAGGUUCGGUGUUUUGUAUCCAUUGUGCAAAGACAGGUUGUAAUUGUAUGACGAUAUCUGAAAAAACAUAUCUUGAGGAUGCCCUAAAACACUCGGAAUGAGUUGGAG